AAAAAAGCCGAUGCAGAGAUAUAAUAUUAUAAAAAUGGAAUGCUGAAAUUUUUCGUACAUAGUUUUAUGUAGUACCAGUCAAAUAAGAUGACAAAUACAAAUUCAGUAUUUUUGUUUUUGUGCGUAUUAAUAUGGAAGGAAAAUCCUGUGGAAGGAAAUAAGAAUUUACCAGGUAAUCUCAUAACUUUUGGUGACAGUCAGUACUUUAUUGCAGAUAUUUUUCAUGGUUGUUGGUGGGAGGCAUGGGCACAUUGUAAAUCUCUUAACAUGAAUCUCGUCAGUAUUGAAUCAGAGCAAGAAAAUAACUUUCUUUACCAAAAGAUGAAGGAGCGCUAUGGUAAUGGACCCGAAUAUGGGUUUUGGACUGCGGGAGCCAAAGAGCAGAACAGGUGGGUAUGGAAAAAUACAGGGCGUCCAAUCACCUACUACAACUGGUAUCCCAAUCAACCAGACAACACGGGAAGCCGUAUAGAAAUGAUAUAUAAUGGAUUAACCGGACUUCGCUGGAAAGCUUUAUAUGAACAUUAUAUAGGCUUACGUGCAGUUUGCGAAAUAGGUUUGUGAUGUGAAUUGUUAAACAGGUUGCUUUAAUCCCUAUGUUGUAACACAGUGAUAAUAAAUGAAAUGUUUUAAUUUU